UCGCUUCGCCCAUGCUGACUUGUGACCAUGUCUUCCAAGAAGAACCGAAAGCGGCUGAGCCAAAGUGCGGAGAAUGCUGCGGCGUCUCGCUCUGCGGCGGCUUCUCCUGCGGGCGCCUCGGCUCCUUCUGCGCCGGGGACCUUGGUGGUGACCAACUUCAUAGAAAAGGAUGACAAAGUUCCAAAAACAUUCCGAAAUUCCCUUGUUCAAUUUGGACUCAGUACUAUGAAAGCUGCUGAUAUAUGUAUUGGUCGGUCGGUGUUGCUUACCAGUUUGGAUGGAAAGCAAGAGGUCUACACUGCCUGGCCGGUGUCAGGAUUUCCUGGAGGCAAAGUUGGCCUGAGUGAAAUAGCACAGAAGAAUGUGGGCGUGAAACCUGGUGAUAUCAUCCAGGUUCAGCCCAUUGUUGGUGCUGUGCUACAGGCCGAGGAGAUGGACGUGGCCUUCAGCAACAAAAAUAUAGAGAUUAAUGAAAAAGAGCUGAGUGGUUGUCUUCUGAGAAAGCUAGAUGGCAAGAUUGUGUUACCAGGCAACUCUCUGUACUGUACAUUCUAUGGAAAACCGUGCAAGCUGCAAGUAUUGCGAGUGAAAGGAGCGGAUGGCAUGAUACUGGGAUGGCCUCCUAACGACCAGGAUACUGCUGCCCAAGAAUUAGCCUCAAAGGAGUCCAGCGUGGACACCAGUAGCUUGGAUAUGUCCUUACCACUGAGUCAGUUACAUCUGGAAGAGCCUCAGGAACCAGCAUCAAGCAGUACUCCUUGCAAACCAGUAGAUGACAGAAUUAGAAAUAAAGCUGAUGGCAUUUUGUUUGAUGUUGCACAAAGCCCUGGGGAGCAUAGUGGACUUAGGCUAGAGGAAGGCGCAGGUGUUAAGUGUAGUUUUGAGUCUGCCAAAGAAGGAAAUAAACCAGUGAUCAAUGAAGAGAGAUUGCUAAAACUGGCCAGUAUGGGGGUCAAAUUAAACACUGAUAAUUUUUAUUUUAUUUCUUCAACAACAAGAGUCAAUUUUACAAAGAUUCGUGCAAAUCCAAAAGAACAAGGCAACCAAUUCAAAGUAACUUAUGAUAUGGUAGGAGGCUUGAAUAGUCAGCUGAAAGCAGUUAGAGAAAUAAUUGAAUUGCCUCUCAAACAGCCUGAACUUUUCAAGAGUUAUGGAAUUCCUGCCCCCAGAGGAGUAUUACUUUAUGGCCCUCCAGGUACUGGAAAGACAAUGAUUGCCAGAGCUGUUGCUAAUGAAGUUGGAGCGCACGUUUCUGUAAUUAAUGGACCAGAAAUUAUUAGCAAAUUUUACGGCGAGACUGAAGCAAGGUUACGUCAGAUAUUUGCUGAAGCAACUCUGCGGCACCCAUCAAUUAUAUUUAUUGAUGAACUGGAUGCACUUUGCCCUAAGAGAGAAGGGGCUCAGAAUGAAGUGGAAAAAAGAGUUGUGGCUUCACUUUUAACACUGAUGGAUGGAAUUGGUUCAGAAGAAAGUGAAGGACAAGUGUUGGUCCUUGGGGCCACUAAUCGUCCUCAUGCUUUGGAUGCUGCACUCCGAAGACCUGGCCGAUUUGAUAAAGAGAUUGAAAUUGGGGUUCCUAAUGCUGAAGACCGUUUGGAUAUCCUCCAGAAGCUGCUUCGAAGGGUACCCCAUCUCCUCAGUGAAGCUGAACUGGUACAGCUGGCCAAUAGUGCUCAUGGAUAUGUUGGAGCAGACUUGAAAGCCCUGUGUAAUGAAGCAGGUCUCUGUGCUUUGCGGAGAGUCCUGAAGAAACAGCCUGAUUUCCCCGACAGCAAAGUGGCCGGAUUGGUGAAGGUUACGCUGAAUGAUUUCUUAAAGGCAAUGAAUGAUAUCAGGCCCAGUGCCAUGAGAGAGGUGGCAAUUGAUGUCCCAAAUGUAUCCUGGUCAGAUAUAGGAGGAAUGGACAAUAUCAAACUGAAAUUGAAACAGGCUGUGGAGUGGCCCUUGAAACAUCCAGAAUCCUUCCUCCGGAUGGGUAUUCAGCCACCUAAAGGAAUUCUCCUGUACGGGCCACCUGGAUGCUCUAAAACAAUGAUAGCAAAGGCUUUGGCCAAUGAGAGUGGACUCAAUUUCCUGGCUAUAAAGGGGCCUGAGUUAAUGAAUAAAUACGUUGGUGAGUCUGAAAGAGCUGUCAGAGAGAUUUUCCGCAAAGCCAAGGCAGUAGCUCCUUCAAUUAUUUUCUUUGAUGAACUUGAUGCCUUGGCAGUUGAAAGGGGCAGUUCUUCAGGUGCUGGGAAUGUAGCAGACCGUGUUUUGGCUCAGCUCCUGACGGAAAUGGAUGGGAUUGAACAGCUAAAGGAUGUGACCAUUUUGGCAGCUACGAAUCGUCCAGAUAGGAUAGACAAGGCUCUGAUGCGACCUGGGAGAAUUGAUAGAAUCAUCUAUGUGCCUUUACCAGAUGCAGCAACAAGAAGAGAAAUAAUUAACCUACAGUUUAGCGGUAUGCCAAUCGGUAAUGAAAUUGACUUGGAUGAACUCAUCUUCCAAACAGAUACAUAUUCAGGAGCAGAGAUUAUAACUGUCUGUCAAGAGGCAGCCCUUCUGGCUCUGGAAGAAAACAUACAAGCAGAGUACGUUUUGAAAAGGCAUUUUACUCAAGCCUUGAGAACCGUGACACCGAGACUUCCCGAAUCGUUGAGACGAUUCUAUGAAGGUUACCAAGAGAAGAGUGGUCUGCAUACACUAUGAAAAAUGGCCUGUGCUGUGUACAUUAGACUAAAAACCUCCCUUCUAGAAAAAGAUUGCGGUGAUUUUCUUUUUGUUUGCUUGGGUUUGGUUUUGUUAUUUUAAUUUCUAAUAGAUAAAAUGUCUGAAGAUAAAAUCUCCUAAUAAAUAAAAUGUCUGAAGCAU